UCACGAAUAUAAAGCCGUCGUGCAAUACACCCUUGCGCACUUCUCAGCACAACCAUAACGUCUGACACGCCACUCCUCCCAACAGCGCCACCACGGUGCGCCGCCAUGCAGCUCUCCGCGCUGUGCACCGACCCCUUCGUGCUCUCCUGCGCCUUCCUCUGCCUUCUCCUCCACCUCGCGCUCCGCUCCCUGCACCCUUCUUCCUCCUCCAGCCGCCGCCACCUCCCGCCGGGCCCGCCGGGCCUCCCGAUCCUCGGCGCGCUGCCGCUCGUCGGCCCGGCCCCGCACUCCGGCCUCGCCGCGCUGGCGCACAAGUACGGGCCCAUCAUGUACCUCAAGAUGGGCACGUGCGGCGUGGUGGUGGCGUCGUCCCCUGGCGCGGCGAGGACGUUCCUGAAGGCGCUGGACGCGCGGUACGCGAACCGCCCCGCGGUGGCGAGCGCCGCGGACAUCACGUACGGGUGCCAGAACAUGGUGUUCGCCAACUACGGACCCCAGUGGAAGUUGAUGCGGAAGCUGGCAAGCGUGCACCUUCUCGGGGCGCGCGCGCUCGCGGACUGGGCUCGCGUGCGCCGCGACGAGGCCGGCCGGCUGCUGCGCGGCGUGGCGGAAGCGGCCGAGGCCGGGCAACCCGUCGUCGUGCCGGAGGUGCUCGUGUGCGCGCUGGCCAACAUCGUCGGCCAGAUCACCGUGAGCAAGCGGGUAUUCGACGCGCAGGGGGACGAGUCCAACAGCUACAAGGACAUGAUCGUGUCGCUGCUGACGGGCGCGGGUCUGUUCAACAUCAGCGACUUCGUGCCGGCGCUGGCGUGGCUGGACCUGCAGGGCGUGCAGGCGAAGCUGCGGCGGAUCCACCACCAGUUCGACGGCCUCAUCACCAAGCUGCUGGCGGAGCACGCGGCCACGGCCGAGGACCGCGCGCGCGAGGGCCGCCAGGACUUCCUCGACAAGCUCCGCGCCAGCAUGGACGCUGGUGCCGACGACGAUAGCGGCGAGACCAUCACCGAGGUCAACAUCAAGGGCCUCAUCUUCGACAUGUUCACGGCGGGCACGGACACGUCAUCGAUCAUCGUGGAGUGGGCGCUGGCGGAGAUGCUCAAGAACCCGUCCGUCAUGGCGCGCGCGCAGGAGGAGCUGGACCUCGUGGUCGGCCGCGGCCGCCGCCUGGAGGAAUCGGACCUGCCCAACCUACCUUACCUGCAGGCCAUCUGCAAGGAGGCCAUGCGGCUGCACCCGUCGACGCCGCUUAGCCUCCCGCACUUCUCCUUCGACGCGUGCGACGACGUCGACGGCUACCGCGUUCCGGCGAACACCCGGCUGCUCAUCAACAUCUGGGCCAUUGGCCGGGACCCUGUGGUGUGGGAGGCGCCCCUAGAGUUCAGCCCCGAGCGGUUCCUGCCCGGCGGGGCGGCGGCUAGGGUCGACCCGCUGGGGAACUACUUCGAGCUCAUCCCGUUCGGCGCCGGCCGGAGGAUCUGCGCCGGGAAGAUGGCCGGCAUGGUGUUCGUGCAGUACUUUCUGGGGACGCUGGUGCACGCGUUCGACUGGCGCCUGCCUGACGGCGAGGAGAAGCUGGACAUGGCCGAGACGUUCGGGCUCGUGCUGCCCAAGGCCGUACCGCUCCGCGCCGUCGUCACUCCGCGGCUCGUGCGGGAGGCCUACGCGUGAGUGUCGUGAGCCGUGACACGGUUUCAUGCAUGAAUGCAUGUGACCGCCCACUCGUGGUGUUGUGGUCGGACGGGUGUAUGGAUGGUUUUGAUGUUGUGGCCGUAGACCUGACUUCCUGGUACAGUGGUACGUAUUUGAACAUAUGAGUCGCUCACCUUUGUUUCAAUAGCAUGACAACCCAUGAUGGUUGAUCAAAAUAAAGUGGAA